AUGGCUCCAGCUCGAGUUGCUGCAGGGGUGCUGCUGGCGGUGAUCGGCUGUGUGCUCUAUGUGGCCGCGGACAACCCGGCCACGCCAUCGCCGCAACCGUUUGUCUGGCAGAAGGCGCCUGCGACGUUUUACGGCUGCGCUCACGCCUCCGACACAAUGGGUGGCGCAUGCAGGUACGGCAACCUAUUCUCUGAAGAGCAUGGGACACGCACGGCGGCUUUGAGCAUCGUGAUGUUCAAUGGCAGUGCCGCGUGCAGGCAGUGGUACAAGAUCGCAUGCGACCGGAAGCGAGUGGACCAGUUGUUUUGCAAGCCCAAUGUGACAAUGACUGUCACUGCCACGAACGUCUGCCCGCCAAAUGACGCCCUCCCGAAUGACAACGGAGGCGGGUGCAACCCGCCACGGCCACACUUCAACAUGACCCAGCCGGCGUGGGAGAAGAUCGGUGUUUAUAGAGGUGGCAUCAUCCCCGUCAUGUACGAGAGAGUUCCAUGCGUUAAGCAGGGUGCCGUGGGGUUUAAAAUCAAUGGUCACAAUUACUUCAAUCUUGUGCUUGUGAGCAACAUUGCUGCAGCAGGCUCAGUCAAGUCCAUGGAUGUCAAUACCUCUGAUUCAGAUGACUGGAUGCCUAUGGCACGCAAUUGGGGCGCUAACUGGCACUCGUCGGCGAACCUCACCGACAAGAUGCUCUCCUUCCGACUAACCAACACUGAUAGACACACGCUUGUAUUCAACAACGUUGUGCCAAAGGGGUGGAACUUUGGGCAAUCAUUUGUUAGCAAAUUGUAA